AUGAAGCCCGGGAUUUUUGAGCUUUCAAAGUGCCGGGCAUCCGAUCUACGUGAAGCACUACCACGGUUCAACCGCCAGGAUACGAAAAAAUCGAUGGAGAAGGAGGUCCUCGGAAAGGUUGGUGCCUGUGCUCGGCUCCAGCUCCAGCUGCAGGGCCUGGAUGAAGCCGAGGGGGUGUUGGUUUCGCUAAAGACCAUGAAGGAUGCCCUGGAAGCGAAGUACAAGGAUCUGAAGAUGCUGGAUGAUACAGUCGAUGAAGCUGAAUGGCAGGAAAAAGUCAAGGAAGUGGCAAAGGCUUAUCUGCUGUUUGUCUCCAAGGAGGUCGUUUCUGUUGCUCACGCUGCCUCCUUCGCUCACUGCCUUCGUCUGGAAGCCAAGGAAGCGAAGAAUCAGCCGAGGCUGAGCUCUACUCUGCAAGGUGCUGGCAUUGGCUACACAGGAGGGCCUUCUGAUCUGCCAGCGCGGUUCCAUGGAGAUGAGGGCCCUGGGCAGAAGUACAAGAAUGUCUUGGUUAUCAAUAUGUCGUUUCCAUUCUCCCAUUCUGGACAUUUGAUUAUGGUGGAGUUUGCGGCCGAAGGCUUUGCUUCUUUGGUCUGUCCGCGACAUUGGAAGGGCAACGGCGAGGCCAAUGGCAACAGGUUUGCCUCCACUGUCGAUCCAGUAGAUGGACAAACCUUUCUAUCCCCUGGGUCUGGACAUUACAUGAACUGCUUUGGAGAUUCGCCCUGGGAGCUUUGCGGAUUGGAAAGCAAAGAUGACUUCUUGCAGGAACUGCUGAAAGCCCAUGGGGGUUCCUUACCCGAGAUUUGCAACAUCACCGGCUUUCACAACAAGCUCAUCCACUAUGAUACGCUUCAUGUGUGCUACAGGGGCUUCGCCCCGGACCUGGUAGCAUCGGUGAUGCUUGAUAUCUUCCCCGAUCGGGGGGGCUUGAUCAAGGCUCAUGACCUGUGUUGUCUGUGGGCGAAAGCUAAUGGUGCUGAACUCGCUUGCGACGACUUCAUAUUGAAUGCUGAUGAGAAAUACGCCACACUGAAUGCCAAGGGUGCUGACAUUAAGCUUGUUUGCUUAUGGCUUGCCCUUGGGAUCUGA